AUGGCGUCACUCGAAGCUGCCAUUGACGAGGAGAUGAGGGAGGUUAACAAGAUCCUCGAAGGCAACCAAAAUCCUGGACCACGUCGUGCAGAGAGUCCAGUGGCGCGCGCGCAAAGUCCUGGCUCGGCUGCCUCGCCCAUUCGCAGCAUGCUAGACAUCGAUACUCCGGGGCAGCGCAGAAGCUCUAGCCGCGGAAGCACUGGCAUCCCCUUCGCCAUGCCCAAAUCACCGCGUCGAGUGAACCCCGAAUCAGCCUACAAGUUCGAAAUGCUGCCAUCCAUCGACGCACACGCUAUGCCUAAGCGAGUAUCUCAAGGUGGCAAGCUGGAUGCUAAUGCGAAGCCUCGCGCCAUGUCGUCUGUUUAUGGCAACUCCAGUGGCUUCUAUGGCUCUUCGAACUCAAAGGAAAGACACAACUCCAUGAACGGACCCAUGGGCAGAUCCAAGUCAGGCUCUCCGGGUCCCAAUCGAUCUGCUUCUCCAGCAACGCGCAUGCUGAACCCGGCGCAGCCCGCCCCAACAUCAAACAACACUUUCGUGACAGACUCGGGCAAGCGCAUUGACAUGGACACAGCCUAUCGCAAACUCUCCGACUCCGCUUUGGCGCGCUCUGAGGGCGGCUUAUCCUCGCUCCCCAAUCGCAAGGGUGUUGAUCCUGUCAAAGGCACUGCUACCGCACCGGGUGGGGGUGUGCGUCUGGCGACAGAUGACGAUGGCGAGGACAGCGCUGCUGUCGAGAGUAGUGACAACAACGCCUCCGAUAGUUCAGAUUGGGAUGACGGCUGGAAAAAGACCAAGAAAACAGAGCGAGGUAGACAGCGGUCAAGAAAGUCAUCUGGAGGCACCGACAGUAUGGGUAGAGAAGUCAUCACUGCUAAGAGCCUGCUGGCUGCUGCUGAGCAAGAGCGGCGAGAAGUUGCAGUCUCCUACAAAGUGCGAUCACUACUCGAGCCAUCGAUAAACGUCACCGGCCCAAACGGCGAGAGGAUGACGAGAAAGAACUCAUCGGGAGUGGUACAUCCUCAUACAAGUUUUGACCAGGGCGGUUCAGGUCUUUCGACCCCGGUUCAUUCAGACCAUGAGGAUGAGCUUGCCGAAAUCAAAUCAGCCCAGCAGCUUUCUCUAAACAUCUCGCCUAUCCAAUCAAGUCCAGAAGCCCACCGUUGUGUUCGGCAAAUUAUCAGGGGUGACUAUGUUCAAUUUGCCGAAGAUGCGAAGAAUGGAUUGAGAAGACAGCGUGUAUACCUGGUGUCUACUGAUCUUAGCGACGAAGCAGCAUAUGCCCUGGAGUGGACGAUCGGCACCGUUUUGCGAGAUGGCGAUACCCUUCUAGCAGUCUACGCUGUGGAUGAGGAAACAGGAGUAGCGACGACUGAUGCUUCCGGUGCGCCUAUCAGUCAAGGUACUACCGGACGACAGGAAUCAGACCAUCUCAAGAGGACACUGUCCAACCAUGACGGUUUACCAGCGACCAGACCCGGUUUUUCUGCUCUGUCUAGCUCGAUAAUGGCAACGGAAGCCAAUGUGGGUGCCAUGGGAAAGGCAGAGAAAGACAGGUAUCAGGCAUGCGUAGAGGUCUCUGACCGGUGUGUUAAACUGUUGAGGAAGACGCGGCUGCAAGUGCGAGCCGUUGUUGAAGUGUUCCAUUGCAAGAGCCCCAAGCAUAUGAUUACUGAAGUCAUUGACUUUUUGGAGCCUACCCUGGUAAUUCUUGGGUCACGAGGCCGGAACGCGCUGAAAGGUGUUCUACUCGGAUCUUUCAGUAACUACCUGGUAACCAAAUCAUCGGUGCCAGUCAUGGUUGCCCGGAAACGACUCCGGAAACACAGCAAAUACAAACGGCAAAACGUGCGGAUGUCCAACGUCAUCGCAGGUUCUAAUGACAGGCUCGCAAAUGCAAAGAUCGAUUAA